UGAGGCGGUGCGCGGGAACACAUCAGGGAGAGGAGGGAAAGAAACCAGAGCGCGAGGGAGAUCAAUACUGAAAGACCAAAGGAGCUAACGAGAGGACAGAGAGAGAGAGGGAGGUCGAGAAAGAGGCAUAUUACUGAUAAAGAAAAAGAGAACUAUGAGAAAGAAAGACCGGUAGAUUAGAGGAAAACAUAGACAUCCGCAGAUAAAAAGAGGUGAAGAGAGUCGAGUGUGACCUUAAAAAUCGAGGCAAACGAAAAAAAAAAGGAGAGGGAGUAAAAAGACAAGACUUCUACAAGGAGGAACGUAGAGCGAGAGUCAAAAAAAGAGAGAAAAAGAAAGACAAUAAAAAAAACCGUCACCACAGUGGAAGUGAAAAAAAACGAGGGAAGGAAACAACCGACUGACUGACUGACUGACUGACUGACUGAGGACACGUACAUGGAAGGAAGUGGAGGGAAGAGGACGUUAUAGCGUGUGGGUGUGAAUGAAAAAAAAAUGAAGGACAAAUAGACUGUUACGUAAGCGAGUCCAUAUGAGAGAGAGAGAGAGAGAGAGAGAGAGAGAGAGAGAGAGAGAGAGAGAGAGAGAGAGAGAGAGAGAGAGAGAGAGAGAGAGAGAGAGAGAGAGAGAGAGAGAGAGAGAGAGAGAGAGAGAGUGUAGCAGGGUUUAGACUACUACUUUGUGAUCGGAAUACCAAACAAAGCAUUAGAUGAGACGUUAAAAAUCCCAGAAAAAGAAGAGAGGAAAAAAAGUGCGAUAAAUGCAGCUCACUAAAGGACGAUGAGUAAGUGGAAGAAGCAAACUGAAAGACAAUAAAAAAAACGGAUCAGAGAAUAAAAAGAAAAGAAAGAAGAGAGAAGAACAAACGCACCUGACCGCAAGACAUUUACAAGAACCCUCUGAGCGCGUCACCUCCAUCGCUAUCUUGAAAAAUAAAUAAAUAAAAAAUCGAGCCGACAAAUCCAACUUUUGCAUUGCCGCCAUGAGGAUUGUAAGGCUGGUGUGGCUGAUGCUGGCGGCGGCGGCGGUGGUCUGUCUGCCGCAGGAAGUGCCGGGUUUGGCCAACAUCGAGAUUCUUAAGAUCGUGCCGCGACGCUCCUCAGCAGCCGCCCACGAGCCUCUGACGCUGACGCCCACGGCAGCUGACCGACGGUAUGACGUUAUGAUCGACUACGAUGAUGAUUACCUCGACGAGGACGACGGCCAAUACAAGGCCGUGGCCACGACCCUCGAGCGGCCACAGCCUCUACUCACCACAGAUCUUUCCGACUACGACCUCACUCUUUUCCAACCCGAGCUUUUCCGAGAGAGUAACUUUGAAAAUGCUUUCUCCAAGGACACAUUGUACACUUCCUCGAGCCCAUCGAGGGAGUCUCUGCCACAUGUUCAAGGCUUCGAGGAGGAGGUUUUUGGAGGCUCUGGGGUCACAAGGCACGCCACUUUGGACCGGUUUGUUGCAGUUACAGAGGAGAGGAUUGAUCCCCACACGAAGGAGCAGUUUAUUCCAAAGAAACCAGAGAGACUUGCUUUGGACAGGGAAGAACGAAUCGUUCCUGAGACGGGACACACGUUUAUUCGAGCUUCUGGGGAGCGGCGACCUGGAGGCAUAGAGGACCGUUCCAUUCCUAGUGCAGAGCGCCUCACCACAGAGAGAGGAGAAAGGUUUGCUCCAAGCACAGAGAAUCGGUUUGUUCUUGUCACAGACGAAGGUGUGAUCGAAGAAAACAAGGGGAGGUUCUCUGAAGCUACAGACGAAUUUUCUGUUCUGCAUCACGAUAUAUCAGUACCAGACGGCCACGUACCGAACGUCCUGCCGGUAACUGACGAGGGAGCGGCGGCGCUAGUCACCGAGGGGUCCAUGCAGUAUCCAGCAGUAGUGCUUCCGCCGCACAAGGCACAACGACGUAUCGGGGCCCGCUACCUCGCUCCCCCUCCGACCUUCGCACCACGGCAGGCUCCUUCCCGUUCUAUCCAACACUACUCACGCUCCGCCAAUGCCUUUUACAAAGAGGCACAACACCCGCGUCGAAUCUCACCUCUGAGUGAUUCUCUUCAUGACCUCUACUCGUCACGAGUCCUCAACAACGAGAGGUCAUCCAGAGCAUUGUACAAUCCCGCCCAACAUCAGCAAGAUGGCAACCCCCCCCAGCUACAUCGAUCACAAGUCCCUCCUAAGGUUUCUUAUCCCACGACAAGAAGGGACACAAGACCCUCGAUAGCGGAGAAACGUGAUGCUUCUUUUCAGACAAAUCGGCGAGGCCGCGCACUGAACAUCCUGAAUCCCUCUUACGCCCGGCUGGUAGAGGCUGAACAAAACGUGAAAAGAGACAGAGCCAUGCAGGCUCGUCCUCCUGUAGGCUCACCGUCGCGAGACGAGGUAGCAUACUACACGGGCCUUCAGCAGGAGAUAGAAAAGUCCGACUUAUUGGUAGACGCCAUCAUGGACGUCAGAGCAAGAGAAGGAAAAUCAAUACAGGACCUGAAGAGGCGGAGGAAAGACACUGAAGGUUCCAAAGUGGUCACUACACCGGCACCGGACAUUGAGGAGGUCAAGCAGAAGUUUGGGAGUCACCCUCUGUAUCAGGACCUGCCACGCGAGGAGGACGAGUACCCGAGUGUGAGGGAUGCUGGCCCGCUGCUCCACCGGGACGAUUAUUCCAGUGAGCGAGAUGAGUAUGAAAAGAUGUAUCUCCCAGUCCGGGCUAAGUCCUUGGAAUUAAGGGAGAUCCGCAAGGUCAAAGAACAUUUCCAUUCUUUGGUGCCUCUGAAAGCUCUGAAAAAUUCACAUUCCACCUCACCCCCACGACACAAGCCCCAGCCGCCGGAGGUGACGACCUACAAACCACCUGUCCUCCCUGAGUACAUCAAAUUUCGCAAGUUGACAUCUGUUACCACGGCGAAACCAUACUACGAGACGGGAACUUCACAUGAGAAAUUUCGACAUAAUGCUAUUCCUACGCCUCCACGCAGCUCCAGACUAUACUCUAAACAACCCGGAGAGUCUGGCCAUCCACCCACUCGCGCUCCUCCUCCCAGAUCCUCUUCCCCUAAAGUAACGAGACCCCCUAACUCCCACAACCCUCGGAGGAGCACCGGCAGCCCAGGCCAUCGAGAGAAAGACAUCAGUCACUUGAUUUACCCCAAAAUUUACAAUUCGCCGAGUCUGUCUGACAUUCCCUCGCCUCACAGGUCACACCGAUCCUCGAGGAUGUACCAUCCGCAGGAACCGCCCCAAAGUGGAUUCAGGAAGCACCAUUCUCGCGAUACCAAAGUCCAUCGCCUCCCUAGGUACCAACAUAAAAUUCCGUCAUCCGUCAAAUCUUCAAGUGGUGCAGGACACGACUAUCCCUCCCCCCCGGCGUACUCUCUCCCCCAUACUCACCCUCAUGACCCCAGGAGCACCAUCCGUCACCCUUCUCCGGAGGCUAAAGUUCGCCACAAGAGAGGACCCGACAUGGAGGAUUACCUAGACGCAAAGAUGAGGUUUCCAAAAUUCGGAUAUGACAUCGACCCCUACUUUUCGGAUUUUCCAAGCUUCGGGUUCUUUGAGAGCGACGCAGAGAAGAAAAGCUGAGGGGUCGUGUUCGGUACCUUAUUGCCGUGCUGCUUGUGUUGUUUUUAAAGCGUCCGUGUACUCGCAAGCAAUGCUCCUAAACCUUGAAGAGACAGACACGGUUCCCUUAUAUUAAACAUUACAUUCAGCGUACUCAGUCGUACAAUAUACUGAUGAUAAUAAUAAUGACGACAACAACAAUAAUAAAAAUAUGAAAUUUAUUAAAAAAUAUACU